AUGGCACAAGAUCCCCCACAGGAACAAUUGAAUCCCUUCAUUGAAAGAUGCAUGCCAGAACCUAGAGUGGUGAAUGUACUGUUGGAAGGGACAAAUGAAAUCCACCAAGUUGAGGUCUUUGUGGCAGGUAUGACGUUCCAACGUGCCUAUAUGGUUCCAGAUAUAAGGGAACCAACAGCUAUAAACCACGGUGGUCCUGACUGGGGGGCGGUAUCCUAUGGUUACACGUUAGAGAGGAUACAAGGAUAUGAACCACCAGUAUUUUUGUUUCCUUCAGAUGCUUCAGAAAGAAUUGAUGUCGCCAUUAAACGGUUAGACAAACGAAUAUUCGAACCACUCUUGGCUCAAAAUAGAGAAAAUCCCUAUCGAGAGAUUCAUCGAAUGCAAACACCAUCGCUGACGGAUGGAGGAUACGUUCACCCUUUGGUGGAGGCACUGGAAGAUGACCAUUACCUCUACAUAAUCACUCCGUUCGCCGAUGGUGGUGACCUUACGGAAAGCAUACCUCUCCAACCACAAGAGAAUAUGCCUGUCGAGCUACAAGCCUAUCAAGUAUACAAGCAAAUGUUGGAUGCUGUGAACCACAUACAUAAUAACCCACACAUCCGUGGUCAAUUUGGGAUUGGCCAUCGCGACAUUAAGGGAGGCAAUUUCUUUGUUUCCCAAGGCAGAAUACGCCUCGCUGAUUUUGCCAUGUCAUAUCCGAUACCGCCAGGUGAUCUGGUGAACCACAUGGGGGGCUUUGGAACUCCGGCAUACCUUCCGCCAGAGAUUGCACGAGAAGGAGAGUUUUCAGCAACAGGCUGCGAUUUAUGGGCAUGCACGGUGACACUGUUCAAUUUGGUCACUGGCAUGCCAGUAUACAUGAUGCCAAUUCCCACGGACAUUUUCUUUGUAUACAAUAUCAUGGCUCGAGGGUUGUCCAAUGAUCCCAACGGCGAAAUGGUUGAGGCACUUUUUGAUGAAGCCGAUGGCCGCGGAAGACAUGCGCUCCAAGAAAUGUGGCAACGAAUACAGGGCUUGAGCCCGCAAUUGCGGGACCUACUUUCGAAUGUUCUGGAGCUUGCCCCUGGCCAACGAUGGAAUAUGCAAGACGUGCAGAACUCGGCUUGGAUGCAGCUGUCCGCAGCAUUGCUAGGCGCAUAA